ACAGUGGACGCCUUUUUAAAACAAGUGCGGGGCGGGAAGGACCCCCAAAGAAAACCGGGCAAGACGGAUCCUACCAUCCUGUCUCAGAGGGAACGCAUACCGGAGCGGCCAGCUGGAGCUGCCCGGGGUCGGGAUCGCGGUCGCAGCGCCCCCUCCCGGCCCAGGCCUGGCAGUGUCCCACGGACUCGGGGAUCCCGCACUGCGGGGAGGGGGGCCGCGCCUCUGCAGGGCGGGGACUAGGGGACACGCAGGCGGGGCGGCCCGGAGUGGCCCAGGCGCGGCCUCGGUCCCGGCGCAGCUCACCAGGCUCUUCUCCUGGAGUGUCGGCGCCGCCCAUGGCCGAAGUGCUGGAUCCGGACCCCAGGACAGCCGAGUGCUCAGAGGCCCCGGCAGUGGAGACGCCGGGCUGGGAGGCCCCGGAGGACACUGGCCCCCAGCCCGGAAGUUAUGAGAUCCGCCACUAUGGACCGGCCAAGUGGGUCAGCACUUCAGUGGAGUCUGCGGACUGGGAUUCAGCCAUCCAGACUGGCUUUACCCGGCUGAAUAGCUACAUUCAAGGCAAAAACGAGAAGGAGAUGAAAAUCAAGAUGACAGCUCCAGUGACAAGCUACGUGGAGCCGGGUUCAGGUCCUUUUAGCGAGUCUACCAUUACCAUUUCCCUGUAUAUCCCAUCUGAACAGCAAUCUGAUCCGCCCAGGCCUACACAGUCAGAUGUCUUCAUUGAAGACAGAGCUGAAAUGACGGUGUUUGUACGGUCUUUCGAUGGAUUCUCUAGUGCCCAAAAGAACCAAGAACAACUCUUGACAUUAGCAAGCGUGCUGAGGGAAGAAGGAAAAGUUUUCGAUGAAAAGGUUUACUACACUGCAGGCUACAGCAGUCCUUUCGAAUUGCUGGAUAGAAAUAAUGAAGUGUGGUUGAUUCAGAAAAGUGAACCCUCCAAAGAAACGGAAUGAGAAAAUGAGGGCAAGUCCAUUGCCAGGGGCAAAACUUCUGUUUAACAUAGACAUCCACAUUACCUGUAA